UAGUAAAUAAUCAGCGGAUUAACUUCCGCGUCUGUGUGCGCGCGUGCCUGCCAAUACUUCCGCAUCACGUGACUGGUCUCCGCUCUGGACUGUGCCUGCUUUAGCGACACACAACAAUGCGAACCUUUACCGACGAAUUAUCGACUCUCCUUUCAGACCUGGAGGUUUUCCUCUGUGAUGGCCUGAAAGGUGAAAAUCUAAGCAAGAAGGCAAAAGAAAAGAAAGAAACCUUCAUUAAACGUAUAAAAGAGGUUAAACUGGGGAGGUGGGAGGAAGCCGGGGUACCCGGAGGGAACCCACGCAGUCGAAGGGAGAACAUGCAAACUCCACACAAAAAGAUCCCGAGCCCAGGAUUUAACCCAGGACAACUCAGGACAUUUGUAUUCUUUCCACAUGAUUUCAAGGAUAAAACAGGUGGAGAUAACUCGGGUGACGAUGAGGAGGAGGUGGACAGCAGCAACUACGAUGGUGGCUCCCUGCAGUCUGAGCGCACAGACAGGGAGGAAGAGACUUUUGAGGGAUGCCAUCAGUCUCCACCAGUGGCGGCGCAAGACCUGCAGUCUGUUCUUAUGUCAGGAUACCUCGAGAAACGCAGGAAGGAUCACAGUUUUUUCGGCCAGGAGUGGCAGAAGAGAUGGUGCGCCCUAAGCUAUCGCACCUUCUACUAUUACGGCCAUGAAAAAGACAAGCAGCAGAAAGGUGAGUUUGGAAUCGAUGGCUACAAUGUCAAAAUGAACAAUGGCUUGCGCAAAGACUCCAAGAGGGACUUUUGUUUUGAAAUCUCCGCUCCAGGCAAGCGAGACUAUCAGUUCUGUGCGUCAUCAGCCAAAGAGGCAAAGGAGUGGGUGAAAUGCAUAGAUCUCAUUUUAAAAGACAUGUCUGGUAUCAUCCAAGAAGAAGAGGAGGAGGAGGAGGAGGAGGAGGAAGAAUAUAAAGUGGAAAAUGAUGGAGAACAACUCAUGUACGAUGAUGUUGGACUCGCACCUGAUACUGACAUCUAUGAGUUGCUCCCAGAGACAAGCACAGACUACCAGAACUACUACCAAGGCUUAUGGGACUGCGUAGGGGACCACCCGGAUGAACUGUCUUUCAAGCGCGGGGAUGCCAUUUACAUACUGAGCAAGAAAAGGGCCAAGAAUCAAGUUGCCCUUUCACUCGGACUGCGAGCGCCAUUAGCUGGAACCUUGGUGUUGGGGGUUGUGGCCCGCUGCGAGGGCAAUGACCAUAAAACCUGUCUGGGCUGCAGCGGGAGGGACAGCCGCCUUCUUGCUCCACUAACCCCUCCUUCCUUCUCCACCCAAUUCCUCUUUUCCAUCCCUCCCCCAUUACACAGCUCAGAAAUAGCUGUAGUGUUAUAGCUGCGGGACCCCCCAGUCGGCCCCAAGUGUUGAUUAUAGGGCUCGAAGAGGUGGGGGUGCUUUGUCCAGAUUUGCUGCACCAACUGACCCCCCAAACCCCCCUCCUCUGUCCUCCCUGGUUCAAGUCACAGCACAUAAAACUAAUGGAGAAAAGUAACGUCUCACUUUCUUUAAGUGGCUGGAAUAGUUGAUAAAAUGUAAACACUGUCCCAACAUAUUGCUCCUACUGCGGGUGUCAAUGACUUAUAUUAAUCUCCUCUCUUAACACAUGUUGCACAAUAGCUGUGCUUGUAAACACUUUGUUUCUCCUUGCUCCAGGUAUUAAACCGACAGGGCAGAGUUACUUGCUGACCAAUGCUCUUGUGUGGUUAAGUGUGUGUAUAUUCAGUAAAAGGUGCCAUUAGUUGUCUGCAGCUGUGUGUUUGUGCUCCUUGUGUUGUGUGUCUCGCACCCACUCUAGAUUAACUUAUUUGUCAGCCGGAACUGCACAAUGAGGUGUUGCCUCUUUCAAAGUAUGUAGGCAGGAAGUUGUGACGUGUAUACACACGCACACACACACUUGCAAUUGCAGGUCAUUCUGGUAUAUUAUUACAAGAGGCUUUUGUGAUUGAAUGUCACUUUUAUUAUGUGACAUGCUUACUAAGCAUUGAGCAGUCUUUAGUUUGCACUAGUUUGUAUAGAAAAUGGGUGGAUAGUACAAAUAUUUUUCUUCAAAAAGUGGGACUGGAUGUUGUCAUUGAAUCAAAUGCAAAAUGGCUUUAGUUGACGUCUGCAAUGCUUCUUAAUGCUUUAGAGCUAACCCUGGAUACCAUUUUAAUACAGCUCAUAUUGGGUGUGAGACGGCAUUGUUUCUGGCAAAUGCAUGACACUCAUUUCAUGUUCUUAUAUCGCACCGCAAGCAUGAUAGCACAGCAAAAUAAUAAUAAUAAAAUGAUUUGUUUCUUGGGCGGCCUAAUCCUAAGCAUUGACAGUCUAAGUGGACGCAGAUGUCAGCUUUGGCUUUUAAACACCAUGCAGGUUCCUACUCCUCCAGCCUUUUGCAGGGCCCUCACUGAUGAUUCAUGUCCUGUGAAGGCUUUGAUGUCCGGUCAUGCUCUUGGUUAAAGCGAGUCUCGCAUCCCUCCUCUGUGUCCUAGCAUUUUGCUAAGCUAGCAGCCACUUGGAGAGAAGCUUUUACUUUUUCCCUGCCCAGAUUUACACCUGAUAUUUUUUUUCCCCACACGUUUUUGUAUGCACUAAAGGAAUGUGUGCAUACAGUGAAGACAUAAUGUGAAGUUGAUAAAUUAUGGCGCAAAAAUAACUGCAAUGUACUAUUGAAAUAUGAUCAAAUACAAUAGAAACUGGACCAGCUGGACAAGACGAACAACUACCCAUCGAGUGAGUCACUUUAAUAUCGAUCAUGAUACAUGCAACACGCCAGACCUACAGUGCAUACGCUGUCUGGCUAAAUGUACAAACAAAACAUAAAAUGUGGUCUAAUACUUUACCGAUACUGUAAUAUGAUUGUUCAUGUUUUUCAGUCAGUACAAAUUGGUGUCCUAUCACUUUCUUGUGCAUUACAAACUCAAACGCAUUUCGUGUUGACAUAGAAGCUAUCUUAUCUCUUGCCGUAGUUAGCUUUACGGUUGCUACCGUCGCAUGGCGAUGUGUUACUACGCUAGAAAAAGAGUUCCUCCAUGUUCGCUUUUGUAAUAACAAUGUUUCUACAUUUUGGUUAUAAUUCAGGUUACGGAACGUAAAUGAAGUAUUGACGGUUUUUGAAUACAUCUUUAAAGGGAUUUAGAGGUAGAAUUGAUUGUUCAUGUUAGUUGCAUUGCUAGCCUCCUAGAACAGGCCAAUUUUUACACGCUAUAAAACAAAAAAAAAACAUUUUGUCUUUGCGUCUCUCAUAAUUGUGAACGAUAGGCAGUAUUAAGAAAAGUGCAGUUCCCCUUUUAGAGGGGCACUAUUAUACAAAACCAACGUUUCUUACCUAUUGGUACCUGUUAUGUGUUUGUGAUACCAUGGAAGUAAAGCAGAGAUAUUUUUAAAACAAUCUUCCUUCCUUCAUACUUCGACCAAAUGAGGCGUUUGGAAUUUGUCUAAUUUGUCUUUUUUCCCUUUGGUGAUGUCGGGGGAUAUCUCGCCAUAUAAAUGAUAAAUGGGUUGUACUUGUAUAGCGCUUUUCUACCUUCAAGGUACUGAAAGCGCUUUAACACUACUUCCACAUUUACCCAUUCACACACACAUUCACACACUGAUGGAAGGAGCUGCCAUGCAAGGCGCUAACCAGCACCCAUCAGGAGCAAGGGUGAAGUGUUUUGCUCAGGACACAACGGACGUGACGAGGUUGGUAUUAGGUGGGGAUUGAACCAGGGACCCUCUGGUUGCGCACGGCUACUCUCCCACUGCGCCACGCCGUCCCUAUAUGGUAAUGUCUUACUCUCGAGUCCGCUAUUGUAGUCCGACGCUGUAAUCUAUAAGUUUAACAUUUUUCUCUAUCCUCUUGCUGUGAGGCAGACUGGCUCGUACACGCACAUGCAUCCUCCGCUAUUACCAUUUUUUCGUACAAACUAGUAUAUAGUUCCAACCUAUACUUGUCAGUAGACCCAAUAUGUAAGCGCUAAAAAAAACUACAACAUGGAUGAUGGGGGAGAAAACCCAGUCGAAGUGAAGGCACGCGAAUAAGAUCGCUCACAUAACUGUGCAUCCUGAAGAGACAGUCAAAAAGCGGCUUGAAGAUGGUCUGUAAAACAUCCAUCCAUCCAUUUUCUACCGCUUAUUCACUUUUUUUGGGGUCGCGGGGGGCGCUGGCACCUAUCUCAGCUACAAUCGGGUGGAAGGCGGGUUACACCCUGGACAAGUCGCCACCUCAUCGCAGGGCCAACACAGAUAGACAGACAACAUUCACACUCACAUUCACACACUAGGGCCAAUUUAGUAUUGCCAAUCAACCUAUCCCCAGGUGCAUGUCUUUGGAAGUGGGAGGAAGCCGGAGUACCCGGAGGGAACCCACGCAUUCACGGGGAGAACAUGCAAACUCAACACAGAAAGAUCCCGAGCCUGGAUUUGAACCCAGGACUGCAGGACCUUCGUAUUGUGAGGCAGACGCACUAACCCCUCUUCCACCGUGAAGCCCUGGUCUGUAAAACAUAAUCUAUAAAACGUUUUGACUAAAGAACCAUCAUUACAUAUUAUGUAGACCAGUGGUCCCCAACCUUUUUGUAGCUGCGGACCGGUCAAUGCUUGAUAACCUGUCCCGCGGCCCGGCAGGGGGGGAAUUUUUUAAUGUAUUUUUUUAUCUGCCUUUGUCAUGAAAAAGGGAGGUUUUUGUCACGAAAAAGGGAGGUUUUUUGGGUUGGUGCACUAAUUGUAAGUGCAUCUUGCGUUUUUUUAUGUUUUAAUAAAAAUUUAAAAAAAAAAAUUUUUUUUUUUUUUUUUAAUUAAAAAAUUAAAACAUUUUUAUAAAAAACUCUGCGGCCCCUUACCAAUCCUGGGCCGCGGCCUGGUGGUUGGGGACCACUGAUGUAGACCACAAGGAAGUGUUUUAAAUGUAGAAAACAUGUAAUGGGGGAAGAGUAUUUUCUUCUUUACAAAAAUAAUUAAAGUAAAAAAAUAUGUUGCAUUACAACUGUUGCGGUUCGAGCAAGGAUUUGACCCCAGGAUGCAGAGACGGGAGGCAAGGUUGAAUCACAAAAUAAAGCUAUCUUUAAUGAGUCCAAAAAGGGAUUAACUAAAGGCGAUGGGGCAGACAUGCACACCAUGGGAGGACAAACAGAAGGAGGACCCUCGGUGGUUGGCAAAAGGUUCCAACGAAAAAACUUCUCUCUACUACGGAGGAACUAUGGUGUAAAAACAUGAGGUAAGGUAUAAUGAUAAAAAAAGAGAGACAACGUACCAAGUUUGGAGGAUGCGAGUCAGGCAUGAGCACAAGGAAUGUACAGAUGUCAAUAACCGGCAAAGAGCAGCUGGCUGUGAUGAACUUAUAUACUGCCGGGUAGUGAUUAGUAGCAGGUGUGCCUCGCUGGGACUAAUGGAUAGAUGAGAAACUGACACAAAAGGCAACAAAGAGAAGACAGGGAAAUAACAAAACACACUAGUACCCCCCCUUAAUGGACGCCACCUGGCGGCUUACCUGGCUUCUCCGGAAAAGGGUCAUAAAAGGCGGUUAAAAGUGAGGGGUCUAAAAUAAGGGAUCGCGGUAUCCAGGAUCGGUCCUUGGGGCUGUAACCCUCCCAGUCGACCAGAUACUGGAGACCCCUGCCCCUUCUCCUCACGUCUAGAAUAGCCUUGACGGUAAAUGCCUGGUGUCCAUUGAUGAGUCUGGGAUGGGGAGGAGGCACUUCAGGAGGACUCAAGGGACUGGAGGACAUAGGCAUGAUUAGAUUAGAUAGUACUUUUAUUCCCUUCUGGAGAGUUCCUUCAGGAAAAUUAAAAUUUUCAGCACAAUCUCAUUCAAGAUCAGACAAACAUUACAGGGAGACAGAACAGGAUCGCUGACUGGUCUGCCGGCUUCCAGCGCCCCUUACAAAAAAGAUGAGAUACAGGUAAACGAGGGGGCGAUGGGAGAAAAACAGAUAAUUAAAAAAAAAAUUAGGGAUUAGGGAGACGUGGAAAGAUGGAUGGAUUUUGAGGGAGUCCGGAAAGUGUAGUCGAACCACCGAGGGGUUGAUGACUCGUUUGAUGGUGUGAGGUCCAAUAAAUCGUGGUUGAAGUUUCUUGGAUACCACUUGGAGGUGUAGAUCGCUAGACGACAACCAAACUUUCUGUCCGGGCUUGUAAUCUGGUGCUGUGCUGCUAUGGCGGUUAGCGAGACGCUGGUUGCACUCAGAGGUGCGUGAUAGGGCAGACCCGGUAUUCUGCCAGGCUUGUCGUACACGGUGCAGGUGAGCAUCCACAGAUGGGACAGCAACUUCUUAUUCCAGGGAGGGGAAGGCGGGGGGGUUGGUAUCCGUAGGCGGAGUGAAAAGGAGACAUGCCUGUAGCAGAGUUUACGAGAGUAUUGUGGGCAUAUCCAAUCCAAGGUAGUCCAAGCGCCCAGAAGGCAGGCUGCUGAUGGCACUCACAGCGGAUGGCAGCUUCCCGAUCUUGAUUGGCGAGCGUCUUGGUGUUCCGACAUGGAGUUGAAACAUGCGCCGAGCGCGCUGAAGUGCUCCUCUUGUUGUCCGAGUCUCUUAGCUUGCUGUAGUAGUGCACUUUUUUAUCGGGUCAGUCUCCAUGAGAUCCAUAAUCUGGCCGGUUAUUAUUUUGUGGUUUGAGCAAGGAUUUGACCCCAGGAUGCGAGACGGGAGGCAAGGUUGAAUCACAAAAUAGUUACCUUUUAACGAGUCCAAAAAGGGAUUAACUAAAGGCGAUGGGGCAGACAUGCACACCAUGGGAGGACAAACAGAAGGAAGACCGUCGGUGGUCGGCAAAAGGUUCCAACGAAAAAACUUUUCUCUACUACGGAGGAACUAUGGAGCAAAAACAUGAGGUAAGGUAUAGUGAUAAAAAAGGAGCAGCUGGCUGUGAUGAACUUAUAUACUGCCGGGUGGCGAUUAGUAGCAGGUGUGCCUCGCUGGUACUAAUGGAUGGAUGAGAAACUGACACAAAAGGCAACAAAGAGAAGACAGGGAAAUAACAAAACACAACAAAACCUACUCUAACAAGUACAAUUCCUCAGGAAAGUUACUUAAGCAAAUGUACAGUUGUGAGCAAAAUGAUUCAACCCCCACACAAUUGUGGUGUUUUAGCAAGUUGGACAUUUAUUCCGUAUUUUGUUUAGUCAUAUCAAAUAAAAAUGCAUUAAUUAGACAAAUGCAACUUGAAUUACAACAUUAUAUUUUGUAACAUACCAAACAGUGUCAUUUAUCUUAAUAUCUAAUUGACAAAAUUAUUCAACCCCUUGAAGAUCAUAACUCUUAAGAACAGAAUUUGAAUAAGGUCUUUUCAAACAGGUGUUGAAAACACCUGUAGAUGUGAUUAAAACCAUAACGAGCAACAAUUAAACUGAUUGAAAAAGACUGUGACGCUCAGCUUCUUGUAGAUGGUCAAUGGUGUAUUUGCAACAUGGUGAAGUCCAGGGAGUGGUCAAAGAAGUCAAGAGAGGAGGUAAUUUCUCUCUCUAUGGAUAUAAGAAAAUAGCGAAGACAUUACACAUUCCAAGAGACACAGUUGGGAGCAUAAUUCGCAAGUUUAAAGCUAAAGGCACAGUGGAAACACUACCUGUUGGUGGUAGAAAGAGGAUGCUGUGUGCAACUGCUGUCCGGUAUUUGAAGCGCACAGUGGUGAAAAACCCCCGGGUAACAGCUGAGGAACUACAACAGGACAUUGCAGAGGGGGGAACGCAGGUUUCGUCCCAGACAAUAAGGCGCGCACUACAAGAUGAAGGCCUCCAUGCAAGAACUCCCAGGCGCAUCCCACUUCUGACUACCAGGCACAAGAAAAAUAGACUACAGUAUGCCAAAAAUCAUCUGAACAGACCCCAAAGGUUUUGGGAAACUGUUCUACGGAGUGAUGAGACAAAACUGAACUCUUUGGGCCUAUGAAUCAACGUUAUGUCUGGAGGAGAAAAAAUGAAGCUUAUAAAGAGAAGAACACCUUUCCUACUGUUAAGCAUGGUGGGGGGUCAAUCAUGCUCUGGGGCUGUUUCUCUGCCUCAGGUACCGGGAAUCUCCAGCGUGUUCAAGACAUUAUGAAUUAUAUUUCCUACCAGGAUAUAUUAGCUGCAAAUGUCAUGAAGUCAGUGACGAAGCUGAGGCUUGGGAGACGUUGGACCUUCCAACAGGACAACGAUCCCAAGCAUACCUCCAAAUCAACAUCAGAGUGGUUGCAGAAGAAGGGCUGGAAGACUCUGGAGUGACCUUCAAAGUCGCCAGACCUAAAUCCUAUAGAAAACCUGUGGUGGGACUUGAAGAAGGCAGUUGCAGCACACAAGCCCAAGAAUAUGAAUGAACUGGAGGCCUUUGCCUAAGAGGAAUGGGCUAAAAUACCUGUGGAUCGUUGCAAGAAGCUUGUGUCCGGUUAUGUAUCAUGUUUGAAGGAUGUAAUUACUGCCAAAGGGUGUUCUACUAAGUACUAAAGAUGCAUGUAACUAGGGGGUUGAAUAAUUUUGUCAAUGAUAUAUUAAGAAAAAUGUCCUUUUUUGGUAUUUUGUAAAAUACAGUGUUACAAUUUAAGUUGCAUUUGUCUAUUUGACACAUCUUUAUUUGAUAUGACUAUAAACAAAAUACGGAAUAAAUGUCCAACUUGCUAAAACACCAAAAUUGUGUAGGGGUUAAAUAAUUUUGAUCACAACUGUAUCUGAGUAAAAGUAGUGUGUUACUUCCCACUUCUUUCGGUGUACCGUAUAAUGUUUUGUGUGUGAAAUCAUUUAAUAGGGUUUCCGCGGGGCUUUAAAAAGCAUUAAAUGUUAUUAUAUGGAUUUUGUGAAAAUUAAGGCUUUAAGCAUUAAAAAACAUUACGUUUGAUGUCCAGAGGCAUUAAAUGUUAUAAAAUUCUAGGACUGUGCCGAUAGUAGUAAGUCAGUCAAUUGAACGGUAAAUUAACUUAAUAAAUUUGUCGUUACCGUUACAGUCUGUCUGUUUUUUUUUUUCAGCUGCGACUUUCAAACUGGAUACAAGAGGUGUUGUUAGAGCCGAAAGCGUGAAAAUCGCUGCCUCAAUAUGACAAAACGAAACUGCUCUGGGGGCCCAAAAUUUUCCAUUCUUUUAUCAAUGUAGGCGUGUAGUCCUUAACUGUGACACCAUGUCAUGUUAAUGAGGAAGCUGAACUUCUUUCAUACACAACUCCUUUAUUCCAGCUCAACACACAUGAGCUAACUUGGCUAACAUUAGCAACUCUCGUGACGCACCUCACUUGACCUAGGGUGGCCUGUGGCAGUGGUUCUCAAAUGGGGCUACGCGUACCCCUGGGGGUACUUGUAGGUAUGCCAAGGGGUACGUGAGAUUUUUUUUUAAAUAGUCUAAAAAUAGCAACAAUUAAAAAAUCUUUUAUAAAUGUGAAUGUAAGUUCAUAAACUGUGAAAAAAAAUGCAACAAUGCAAUAUUCAGUGUUGACAGCUAGAUUUUUUGUGUACAUGUUCCAUAAAUAUUGAUGUUAAAGAUUUUUUUUUGUGAACAAAUGUUUAGAAUUAAGUUCAUGAAUCCAGAUGGAUCUCUAUUACAAUCCCCAAAGAAGGCACUUUAAGUUGAUGAUUACUUUUAUGUGUACAAAUCUUUAUUUAUAAUUGAAUCACUUGUUUAUUUUUCAACAAGUUUUUAGUUUUUUUAAUAUAUUUUUUUCCAAAUAGUUCAAGAAAGACCACUACAAAUGAGCAAUAUUUUUGCACUGUUAUACAACUUAAUAAAUCACAAACUGAUGACCUAGUGCUGUAUUUUACUUCUUUAUCUCUUUUUUUCUAGGAGUCUUGUUCACGAGUGGGGGAAGAGUGGAUCGUGAGAUCGACAGGCGGAUCGGUGCGGCGUCUUCAGUAAUGCGGACGUUGUAUCGAUCCGUUGUGGUGAAGAAGGAGCUGAGCCGGAAGGCAAAGCUCUCAAUUUACCGGUCGAUCUACGUUCCCAUCCUCACCUAUGGUCAUGAGCUUUGGGUCAUGACCGAAAGGAUAAGAUCACGGGUACAAGCGGCCAAAAUGAGUUUCCUCCGCCGUGUGGCGGGGCUCUCCCUUAGAGAUAGGGUGAGAAGCUCUGCCAUCCGGGAGGAGCUCAACGUAAAGCCGCUGCUCCUCCACAUCGAGAGGAGCCAGAUGAGGUGGUUCGGGCAUCUGGUCAGGAUGCCACCCGAACGCCUCCCUAGGGAUGUGUUUAGGGCACGUCCAGCUGGUAGGAGGCCACGGGGAAGACCCAGGACACGUUGGGAAGACUAUGUCUCUCGGCUGGCCUGGGAACGCCUCGGGAUCCCCCGGGAAGAGCUAGACGAAGUGGCUGGAGAUAGGGAAGUCUGGGCUUCCCUGCUUAGGCUGCUGCCCCCGCGACCCGACCUCGGAUAAGCGGAAGAUGAUGGAUGGAUCUCUUUUUUUCAACCAAAAAUGCUUUGCUCUGAUUAGGGGGUAUUUGAAUUAAAACAAUGUUCACAGGGGGUACAUCACUGAAAAUAGGUUGAGAACCACUGGCCUAUGGGAUGGACAGCUGGGACAAAGAUCACAACAGACCACAACUUUUUAUUCACUGACUUUCCCACUGUAAAUUAAUUUGAGUUCAUUUAGCUGCCUGACACUUGAUACAUAGCUUACUAUCUACUGUACCAAUUUUAAACAACUGAGAGGCUGUAAAAUACAAUAUUUUUAAUACGUUAAAUUAACUCAACCUAUUUCUAUUGCAUCGAAAGGAUGCAAAUAUCAGUCUAUUGUGUGUCUUUUUCUAAAAUGAUUAAAUCAGUCAUUUAUUUCCAAA